AUGAUCGUCGUGAUAAGCACGCUGGGAAACGAGAGGCGGAUACUCAGCAACCUACUUUUGAGGCCGCGACACCAACUUGUUUCCGAGAUUCGGUCGCGUAUAAAAGCGGCACGACGUGGAGUCGCAGUCGGUACACAGCGAUGAGUGUGACGAAGGCGACCGCGGGGGCGCUUUUCCUCUCCUCGGCGACUCUCAUCCUCUCCCUCUACGCCAUCUUCGCCAUCUACUCCGACGUCCAGGCCAUCUGGGGGCAGCUCGACCGCGAGAUGGACCAGUUCAAGGUCCCUCUUUGUUUCGAUUUCGUCAAAUGUUUUCCAAACCUAGCUCUGGUCACUUAAUCCCUGCUGGUGCACUUUUAUUGAGUUUUCACUUUUGUGGUGUUCGCUAAGUAGUCAUUUCAUUCACAAGAAAAAGAAUGUUUACUGACAAAACUUUCGCUUUUGACUUUCCUGUGAGUGUUAAAUUUGAAGAUUUAGUUGAUUCGUAACUAUUUUCAAGUACUUAAAAUUCAGCGCAGAAAAUUUGUCAAAAAAGACACAGAUAUUGAUUAAAUUUUGAUUGGAAACUGUUGAAUAACUUCUCUAACAAUUUAUUUUUGUUAUCAGAGAUUAAAAGAUGGUUUUUCAAAAACCUUCCUUCUUUCUUUCCAACCGUUGGUUCGAAAAUUUGAAGUCAGUUGAACUCACUUUUCUCAGGUGACGACCGACGACCUAUGGUCGCAGAUGCUGGGUCUCGGCGCGGCGACGCCUUCGACUCGCCAGCGACGUCAAGGAAAGGAGCAGUACGGCAACUACGAGGCUCAGGGCGUCAAUCCAGGCCCAACCUGCAGUCCGUCUCCUUUCCAGUCAAACAAAAUGAAAUCUUUCUUGUUUUCAGGUUGCUCGUCUGGCAAUGGGAACGACGACGCUCUCGGCACUGGCGGAUGUCCUUCUGGACCUCCAGGACCUCAAGGAAACCCAGGAGCGGACGGUGUUCCUGGCCACGACGGAAUCGACGGAAUCAACGGAGAGGUUUGUUUUUCAUAACUCAGUUCCCUCCAAAGAAUGCCUUCCCAGGACGCUGAAGACUGGCAGAACAUGCCAUUCAUGGGCUGCAUCACAUGCAUGCCCGGUAAGCCUGGAGCUCAAGGAGAGCGCGGAAAGCCUGGAAUGCGAGGAAUGCGCGGUCCGAGAGGAACUGGCGGAGCUCCAGGAAUCGACGGAUUCCCUGGACCUCCCGGAGAGAUGGGACCACCUGGACCUCCAGGAGACGACGGAAAGCCCGGAUCCAAUGGAGACAAGGGGCAGGACACCGAGCAGCUCAUCGCACGAAAGGUUAGCAGAGCAAAGAAUUUUACUGAAUCUUUAAAAAAAAAUUCAAAAGAGUGUUAUCAGCCGAGAGAGCUCAAGUACAGGAUUUGUAAAGAGGCUAGUGGAACACUCAGAUCAAGUUUUGUCGAAUCAUAUGUUACAAUUUGAGCUUUUCCGUUGUAUUCAGCCUCAAAUACUUCUAGAUGAAAUGAAAAGCUUGAUUAGCCUCGAAAAGACUAAAACAAUAAUCCUCCAGAAGCUUGAAAUGACUCUUACAAACUGUUCCUUUCCUUUCGAACCGUUUUUAAUCUAACCAAAACUGAAUUCCAGGGACCACGAGGACCACCAGGAGACAUCGGACCAGCCGGAGACGAAGGAGAACAUGGAAAGGAUGGUCCAAUUGGAGAGCAAGGACCACCCGGACCAGACGGCGUCAGCGGAUUCCAAGGUCCUGGCGGAAGCCCAGGAGACGAAGGUGGCCAGGGUAUGCCUGGAAAGGUCGGAGCCGACGCCGCCUACUGUCCAUGCCCAGAUCGUAACGCUCCAAAGGUAAUUCAAUCCAAUUUAAAUUCAUCAAUCUAUUCAGCUUCUCAGAGGGUUUUGAUAGAUUUUAUCUCAAAAUUGGGCGGAUCGAAAAAAAAUUUCCUAGUCAUUAAGUUGAAUCAAACUCCAGAAAAUUAAUUUUUUAUCACAUUAUUUAGCGUUGAAUAGCUAAUUCGGUUGACUUCACCUUACUUAGUCUUAUUUUCCAUCUUUUUACUAAUGUGAUCUAUUUCUCAGGACAACGCUGGAGCCGGCUCCUACGCUUCGGCUCCUGGAGCCAAUCCAAGCGGAGCUAACGCCCCUAGCGCCAGCUAUUCUGCUGGAACCGGAGGCUAUUCCGGUGGCACCGGCCAUGCCGCUUCCAACUAUGGACGCAAAUAA